GUAUUUUAAUAAACAUGUUGCGCUAUAUUAUAGUGACAUCACAAAGCAUACAUGAAAUAUUUGCAUACUAUGUUCAACGUUUCCAUCUGGAAUAAUUCAAACCAACGGAAAUUAAUAUCAAACGUGUUAAAUGUCACGCUGAAAGUUUUUAAUUACAAUGAAGAACGUGUUACCAUGCGUGACAUGAAUAGCGAGUAUCACGCGACGUAGAAAUCAGCGGAACCGAGUCGAUUUUCAGACCGCCACGCAUAGCGAUAAGCAAGGCGCGGAAUGGAAGGUCAGUUGCGGAUACGCACUUGUGCGCAAUUUGCGCGGAGAGCCGGGAGAGCAGAUUCAACGGUGACAUGAACUCCACCCUCCGCCUUCGACAGACUCGGGAGUUCGCCAAAUUCACGUCAGUGUCGUUUACUCCCCCUCGACACGAGUCAACAUUUCGGGCUACAAUCGCCAAUCUGGUGACGACUUUUCCUCAAAUUUCACCUCGCUCGCAGUCAAGCGGCGGAGAUAGCGCGCGGGUGGUCGCCAGAUCCGCGCGAGUCGGGUAAGAGAGCUUCGGCUGGUAGCGACUCGCGUCGAUCAUUACCUGGUGGAGCGCGACCCGGACAGCAGGCUGAGCGGACGAGCUGAAAGAAAAAAUGACGGGAUCCCGGUCGUUCCGCUUGCGAACCGCCCGUUUGACAACGUAGUCAUCGCGAGAGAGAGAAAGAAAGAGAGAGAAGGAGAGAAAAAGAGGGAGGGAAAGAGAGAGAGAGAACACGAGACUUCUUCGUCGCUGCAUGUCAGGACUAGGGCACGAAAGCCGCCGUCGUUAAUGACAUUUUGAUCCGGCCGGAUGUCCAUCUCAUUUCGCUCCGACGACAUGGACGAACACGAGAAGAAUCUGAUGACGGGGACGUUGGAGCAGAGGAAGGAGGCCUUCAAGGAGGACGAGGAACUCAUGAGGGAGACCACGAAAUUCAUCACCGAUGUGAUAGAGACCGCCGCCACGGAAGCCUCGAAGAGGAAAGUUCAGUCGGAGGGAGCUGACGCAGGCGAAGGUAGUAGAUUGAAGGGUGGCGAUACCAUCGCUGGCUGGAACAACCGAGCGCGUGGAUUCUGCAAUCGUAUUCUGAACGCACUCUGCCCAUGCUUCACCAAUCAUGAUUGCAAUUGGACAUCCUCCCAUACCACCUACAGGCAGGCCGAGAACGAGUCGACCUCACCAUCACCGAUCAAUUUGAUCCGAUUGAUCAUCCCGAGAGAUUUAGUUAUCUCGUUAGUCGGUGUUAAUCAAGUACCUCCGUCGAUCGUUGUCGCAACGAUGCUCGGAUGUUACUGCCCCGUUUGAAAGAAACGAUGAGAAAACGAGCGAGUUUUCGGAUUGUCCGAUCGUUUCUCGACGAAUCAUAUCCGACCACUCGACCUCUCGAUGUAAAUAUUACAAUAUAUCGAAUCAUCGUCUCUGUUUCUCUAUCUUAUAGGCAUUCACCGACGAGAUUUUGCCGACGAAAUAGCGUAACAUGCACUUUUUUCUCCUUACGCAAGAUCGUUUGUCUGUCACUGGCAAAUCCAUCGGACGGUCGUUUUACGUUUAGACACCGCUCAUCCGAAAACCGUUCACAGACCAAUCAGAUUAGUAGCAAUUCGGCAUGUUUCAUCAUCGAGCAUUAAGCACAACUGGAAACGGCAGCUUGCAUCGGAACACAGCAUGCCUGAGGACAACUUAGAGAGGGAAAGUUAAUUACCGGCCGAAUGCUGAAAGCGAUACUCUUCGAAUAUCUUCGAUAUCUCGGGGAUGUCAUUUCUGUCACUUGGCUUGGAUUUUUGACUUCGAUCAGAGAGCGCGAAUACCGAAUAGGACUGGAAUAAUCACCGUUUCGGUUGAUUCUUAUCUUCCGAAAAACAAUUUCGAGACUAGCAGAAUCAUCAGCUAGACUGUGGCUGAAUUUUUUCGAUCGAUAACAGUGAACUAGAAAACGGCAUAUUCGCGAUUGCUUAUUCCUUUCUCGGUGUUUUCGCUCUUCGAUCUAAAUUACUGCACUGAGAAAAACUUCCAUCGGAUAAACUGAUUAAAUGCUGUCCGAUUGUUAUUUUUAUUGCCCGAUCAAGUGAUGAAUACUUUUAUCCGAUAAAAAUAUCCGAUCAAGUUACCGAUGCGGUUACCGAAAUAUAAUCGGAAAAUUAAUCGCUUUUUGUUUAUAUCCAUUGUAAUUUUCAUCGAAUAAAGACACGACUUGAUCGGACAUCGCACUUGAUCGAAUAUAUAUAUAUAUAUAUAUCCGUUUGUUACUUUGCAAUUGGAUUACCCAAUCAGAUGUGAUCGGACAUUUUUCUCAGUGUGGGAGGAAAAAGAGAGCGAUAGCGAGCUACGGAGCGAAAAGAGAAAGUGGGAGGAUGCAAUCGCAGCUUGCGCAUCGGCAGAAAAAAAAAAAACUAUGAUUUACGAUUUGCACACCGUGCGCGUUGUGGCUGCGAAAGUAACGCGAAUGGCGUGGCGCGUUGACUUUCCAUUUCAUUGACGGAACCUUUCUCGCAAGCGAGCUGGACGUUUUCAGAGUGCGUGCUAAUCUCUUGCAUCCCGAACAUCGCGACGGCGAGAUAGAUAACGGCCUGCGCGCUGGUACUUGCAUGCUACAAAACACUAAAGGAUGUGCAAACAUAGGCGAUACAUAGACAAAUGGAUAUGUAUUCUUUUCCUAGAACUGUUCGCCUGGACUCCGUACCGGUAUCGCUUCACAAGACCUUAACCGUUCGAUGACUUCCGGAUUUUCAGUUCCGUCGUGCGAGCUUGCGAUUGACGCAAAUCAAACGUAGGAUUAAGUGUCUCGUUGUCAAUUCGAUCUCGCGUCUCACUGUCACAGGCCGUCACGGAGACGUCGCUGACGUAUGCUUGAAAAGAGAAAGAAAGACCGGCGUGAUUUUUUCUAAUCUCGAUGUCGGUUGGUAUUGGUCAGUACAUGUCGGUAGAAUCGUCGCGGCCGAAGACGAAAGGAUGCUGUAUUAGCGUUUCAAUGGAAAAUACAAGUGUAAUACGUGUAAUUAAUUGGACGCGCCUUGUUUCGAGGGAAAGAUGCGUCGCGCAGUUCGUUCGGAUAGCGCAAUAAUCGUUUUCUUUACUCCGACGAAGUACAAAACGACCGUAAAUAUGUCACGUGUUAACUGUUAGGUAUGCCCUUCCGAUUCUAUGAGUUUCUCUGAUAAACAACAAUGUCGCGAUAAUGUCGCGACAAUAAACAGUUUCUCGUGUGUAUUCGCAAUAUCAAAUUCGUCUCGAUCGAGCAAAUGUGCGAAAGGGCGAUCUUCGCACGCAGAUCAGAAGAGCGUUUCGCACGGAGUGUUUCGGUCGUUUUACCGUUUCCUCUGUCCUGGUUAGUAAAGUGACGGUAUGUGCACACCUACAAAGCUAGUUUUAUAUCGCGUAAAGAUUGGAGGGAUUGUGUUCCGAAAGAUUAGUAAGCAGUGUACAGCUGAGAAGAAGAGCGAUGAUAUGAAUUACAUGGUGAAAUCUUAUAGAAUAAAUAAUUUAGAGACU